AGGGCCCGAACAGAAGCAAUCGUCCAAUUCGCAUUUUCUGAAAAAGCUUCUGCGCAAGGACGAAGCUUUCUGCCUGUAUAAAAGCACGAUCGUGGCUGGUUCGCUUUCCAGUCACGUAUACAGCUCUGUUUCUACUAUCGAAAGAGGAAUUCAAAGGGUUUUCCUUCUUCGAGUUCAACCGCGUACGUCUUGAUAUGGAGAAAGAAUGUCCUUGGAAGAUUCGAGUGCUCGUAAUCGUGUGCUAGCCGGCUUCGCUUCGUUAAGGAUUCGCAUAAACGUCCAAAAUGAUGAUGAUCGAACAAGAGAAGAAUUCACGGGUCAUUAUCGUCACUGUUGUCUAUCUGAGCCUCUUCCUGGACAAUGUGUUGCUCACAGUUGUUGUGCCGAUUAUUCCCGAUUACCUUUGCACCCUCGAAGGAAACUCGACGAGCAACGAAGACGAUGAAAACGGUCGAGUAGGAUUAUUGUUAAGUUCCAAGGCGCUGGUACAGUUGAUACUAAAUCCAGUAGUGGGUACUCUUACCGGUACUCUUGGGUACACGAAACCAUUGUUCCUUGGAAACUUGAGUCUUCUAUUGGCGGCAAUGCUGUUCGCGUUUGGACAAACUUACGAGGUUCUAUUUCUCGCUCGAAGUAUCCAAGGCAUUUCUUCCGCGUGCAUUGGAGUUUCCGGGAUGUCGUUGGUCGCAUCUCAGUACACAGAAGAGGAUAAAAGAUCAAAGAUCAUGGGUUUCGUUCUAGGAAGCAUCGCGCUGGGUGUUCUCGUUGGAUACCCGAUUGGAUCCGUGCUUUACGAUCUCGAGGGAAAAAUGGCACCUUUCUUAUUGGUGUCCUGCUUCAUCGUCGUCGCCAUAUGUUUGCAAAUUUUCACUUUGGAUGAUGAGACCAAGACCAAGUCCAGCGAGCAGAAGGCAUCGUGGACGCAUUUGUUAUCCGAUCCACAUAUACUCAUCAUUUUUGGGGCUAUAUGGUGUUCAACUUCACCCAUGGCGAUCUUGGAACCCUGUUUACCAAUCUGGUUACGAACUCAUGUGAAACCCAAGAAAUGGCAGCUAGGAACAGUGUUUAUUCCAGACAGCAUUGGAUACCUGGUUGGGACCAAUUUCUUUGGCAUGAUAGCUUAUCGUUAUGGCCGUAGUAAAGUCGCUGUUCUGGCCAUGUUCGUCGUUGGAAUAAGUGCCAUUUUAAUACCAUCCGCCGUUACAAUGUCUCAGUUGAUAGUUCCUCAUUUAGGAAUGGGACUAGGUAUCGGUGUAGCUGAUGCAGCUCUGGUGCCAUUGUUGGCCAGCUUGGUGGACCAAAAUGGCGACUAUGGUCCCGUUUAUUCCAUUCAACAGGUGGCUGUUAGUCUGGCUUACUCUCUUGGACCUAUCGUGGGCGGCGAAAUGGUAAAAUCGAUUGGAUUCCAAUGGGUAAUGCGGAUCAUUGGAUUAAUGAACAUUGCUUACUGUCCUCUACUAAUAUACCUCACUUUGGAGAGGAGAAAAUCAAUGACCCAGGACGAGGAAAAGAAGGAUUACGAGACCUUUAAAAAAUCCGUGGCCAAGUACGAACGGUUCCAAGAGUCUGACGAUGAUCUCUGAUCCCUUCAUUUCUGUAAUUUAACAAAUAAUCCCUGUUUUAUAUAAAGUUAAUCCUAACUGCAAGGGAAAGACCGGAUUAAAAGUACAAUGAAAUUAAUGAAAUAUUUUGAUUAGAAUAAUUAAAUGUUGAAAUAUUCUCUAGUUUGGAAAGUGAGACAACGAAUGAAAAAAGGACUCGAGUUACCAUUAAUUACCAUAUAGUUGUAUCAUCAAUUUUCAUAGAUAGCCUUUUUGAAUUUGUACCCGUGGAACACGGAGAAACAAUAUUACCGACAUCAUUGUACUUCCACUUAACUGUACCAUGGACGGUAACUGGGCUUCGUAAGUUAUAACGAAGUAAAUUACCAUCCCCCGAAUUGCUAAGUAACGUCCCGAGGCUAUUGCGCCAGCUACGACGGCAUCGACCAACCAACUUCCGGAAUUGAAACGAGCCUAGUUCGCACAAUUUCGAAAUUUAAAAAACUUUUCUUCCCAACGAUACCUGUUUACAUAAAAAAAAAAAAAGAUUCUUAGU